GACGGAGAAAUCCUGUUAGAGUGGCGGGCUGUAUCUGAUAGAAACUCCAUGAGGUCAUGCGUCCUUAUUAUAAACUAUGGCCCCUGGCUGGACGGAAACAGAAUACAGCUGUAGAUAACAGAAUGACGUUUGAUGGCAUCAGUGAACUAAAACGCUGUAUAAAAUCAAUAAGAUGAUACACUAAAUCACAAGCAGAAAACAGAUGUUGUAAAGCUAAAUCCGUCUGCCUGACAAUUUCUACCACUCAGUGAAAAUACUAAACAAGCGAAACACGGAAGUUACCAAUUGGUCUCUCAGUACACAAAGUAGAGACAACUUACAGCAAGUAAAACCUAGAAGGCUGUGACUCAAGUUGGUCCGUAGAAGUCAUGUCUUAGCGAAUCUGGCCAUUACGUCAUCGCUCAUGCCAUGAACUGCUGCUCCACCAACUGCCAACAGCGCACCAAUCGCCUGAAAGCCUGCCCAGACGGUUCUAGCGAGUUCCAUAAAGUCCUUGAUGAGAUUUACACCGAGCACCACACCGACACGACAUGUGAAGUCUCCACCGGAUGUGACGCGAGUCAAGAGUCUCAAAAUGGCGAGGGCCGGACAUGUCAUGAGGAUAAUGAGCCUGGAAUAAAACGUGUGCACGACAGCAACAACAACUCACGUGGCACCGUCUGUACCUGCCAGUUUGGAAGGAGAUUAUUCACAAUUAGAGACACGGCGUUAGACGAGUCGGCACAAGAUGUAUUGCUGUCUCAUCUGCCGCUAGAUCGUUCAAGCUACAAAAUCAAAUCCAGGGAGGCGGAAGACGUUGUUAAGUUACCAGAACUAGAUAACAUGGGCACCAGUUGUUCCAGUAAUUUCUAUGACCGCCGAGACUGGCAUAGCGUCGCAGACGGCUGUCCGGCUGAUCCGAUAAAAAACGGCCGUAAAGGACGGCUGCUGAAAAACCGCUCACAGGACGAUAAUUUCUGUGACAUCAGCGCGUUACCCUCCCUCGUCUGCACGUGCAAUCAAUUAACCGAUAAACUCAACUCCACGGAUAAACACAUUGCGAACGGUAACUCUAAAACCGGCACGGACAAGCGCAUGUCUCUCUCCCCGCUUGACCACAGCUCAACGAGCAGCCGGCUGUCUCCCAGCGUGGACAGCUCCGGCCACAUCAAGCUGUCCCGCGUGUUCGGCUCGGGCCGUGCUCGCGCCACCAGUAACUGUGACGUGUCGCCCCACCGGCUGCUGACCAGGCGGAACAACUCACCCUCGGGUAGGACAUCGAGCCUCGACUCGGGGUCCAUCUUCAGCUCACACGAGGCCAUGCGACAGCGGAGCCACAGCUGGUCAAACGGCAAGCUCUCGGCCAGGCCCAGCUACUUGAAAUCCGGAUCAAUGAUGCGAUCAUCGAUCCUAUCUCCAGUCGGUCACCACAAAUCAAUAUCCCCAAGCCUUAAUUCGACCAAGCAGAGAGACAUCUACAUGAAUUCAUCAAAAUCGCCCGUAUUUUCUAAACAAAACUCACAAGGAUCUUUCCAUAAAGCGUCGAAAGACAUUCACUCACCGGACUGUCCAAUGCACGUGAAGUCCAACGACCUUGACUCCCUCAGCUCAGGUGUGCUGGACAACAUGGACGACAGCUUCAGCCCAGUCUUGAGACAGCGGUCUGCCAGCGAGUCUCACACGACCCGUCCCCGGAGACUCCUGCCCCGCACCCCCAGCUCCACCGACGGCUCCAGCAUCCUGGAGCACAACCACGUUCGCUGGGCCGACGAGGAGAAGGGCUCGUCUUUGAGUACCAGCGUUUUUCUGACCAGCAUCCGACCCCGCUCCUACUCCUACGGCGCCUCCGACGGCCCCCCACAAAGGCCGAUCUUGAAAAAGGUGCCAGUUCUUUAACAAAAAGUGCUUUAAAACAAUAUCACAUUCGGAUUCCAAAUCUAUUUCAGCGAUUGUUAAAAUUCCACUGCACAAAGUUUGCUCGAGAAAACAUCCCCUAACAAUUCGUUACUACCUUAUUAAAAUAAUUUGCACAAUAAACAAAAUUAAAGGUGAUGUAAUUUAAAUAAGCAUUCUAUGUUAAUAUGAUAAUUUGAUAUCAUAACAUAAUUCAUAAAUUAUAAUUUUCAUAUUUUUUGUAAGUUUUAGAAUUGUAUGUAUUAUAUCAGUUUAAAUUCCUAAUCUUGUGAAAUUAUAAAAAUUUCUUUAACAUUUGCUUUUUAUGGAGUUAUCUGCCUUUACUAAGGUGACCGAUUGUUAUGCGAUACUUUUUCUUUAAAAAGGCAAUUGGGUCUUUGCGUCUGCAAUGUAUACUGCAAUAUAACAAAAUCGGCAGUAAGACCUUGGUCUCCAAUUAUUAAGCGAAUUAAAUUGUUUGGUUUUAAUACUAUUUGUUUCUAUUUUUGUGAAUGUUCAUCAGUGAGUAUUAAAAUAAAUAAUAAAUGUGAGUAUCUAUAAGUUC